AUGGUUCCAGCUGUUAGGCAGAGCUUUCUGGGUAACGGUGAUGAUGAUGAGAAGAGAUACUUGAUUGGGGAUCCUAGAAUAUCAAAGAAGGGACGGAAGCGUUCCAGAAGAGAAGCUAUUGUGGGUCCUGCAGUGGAUAAGGAUGUGGCUCAUGAAGCUGUUGGAUUGAAACCUGCUACCUUGGUUCCAAAAGAGAUUCCAGUGAUAAAAAAGAAAAAGCCUGUGCUUCAGAUCAAAAUUGCUCCCAAACCAGUACAUAAUGAACUAAAACAAUAUGAUAACUGCACGAAAGAAUCAGUGGCACUAGACAAAGGGUGCUUGGAACUUAAACCGUAUGCUAGUCCAGAAGAAAUAGAGAGUGGAAAGUUGCCACCGGAGGAAAUCUUAUCACUUCCAAUGUUUAAGAACUACACAGCUGGGAAUCCUGCUAAUGUGUUGUACAUCAAAAACUUGGCAAAAGAUGUGGUUCCUGAUGACUUCUACUUCAUAUUUGGAUCAUUUUUUGGUAGUGUAGAAGCAGCUAAACUGGGUCUGAAUAUUAAGUUAAUGCAGGAGGGAAGAAUGAGGGGUCAAGCUUUUCUGACAUUUCCAUCAGUUGAUCUUGCUCAUCGUGCACUGAAUCUAGUGAAUGGAUAUAUGUUCAAGAGAAAACCUAUGAUCAUCCAAUUUGGCCGUAAUCCUGCAGCUGGCAAAACAACCUAAACAGUUUAAUUGCUGAUGGACUCUUCACUGUUACAGCUGUCAUGGCAGAGGUAGGACACAUAAGCUUGCUGCGGACAGGUUGUAGAUGGUUGCCAAGCGGAUCUUUGGAUUCCUGUUGAAUUAGUGUAAAUACUGAGAAUAUUGUUCCGAGGUUAUUCAUUGGAAAUGACAUUCUGCUGCUAUUCUACUAUGGUUUUUCUAGUGUUAGUUUCCAUGAUCAGUGAAAAUCGGGUUAUGGAAUGAUUGCAAUUUUAUUACUACUAAAGACACGGCUAGGUAACAUUUCGUUGGCAAGGCUGACCAUUAUUAUACCAUAUUUUUGUAGAGGAAAAAUAAAGGCUACACAAUCAAGGUUCAA